AGCUGAACGUGAGGAAGCGAACGGGUGCUCCUCUCCAGACUCAGCUGCUUUGCUGACUGGUCUCCUUCGCCAUGUGUUCCACAGGCCUUCGCAGUGAGCUGCUGCUCCUGCUCCUCUGCCCUGGCCUCAUCCUCGGGGCUGCUCUCCAACCCAUGCACUGUGCCCCAUGCACUGAAGAGGAGCUUGUGCUGUGCCCGCCGGUGCCUGCCAGCUGCCCUGAAACUGCUCAUCCGCCAGGCUGUGGCUGCUGCCAUACCUGUGCCCUCCAGCUGGGGGAGCCCUGUGGAGUAUACCUAGCCCGCUGUGGCCGGGGGCUCAGGUGCUCUGUGCCCCCAGAGGAACCCCGGCCCCUGCACGCCCUCCUCCAUGGGCAGGGCACCUGCCUUCCCGCCUCUGACACGGCAGAGGCUGCAGGUAAAUAAUGUGCCUUUCUGUUUUGCAUACUGCUUUGCAUGUCUAGCAAUUAGCGCAUGGUUAACUUACUUAUUUUAUUACAUUUAUAUGCUGCCUUAUUCUUCCAAGGAGCUCAAGGUUCUCCUCCUCCCCAUUUCAUUCUCACAACAGCUUUGUGAGGUAGGUUAGGCAGUGAUUGGUCCAAGGUCACCCAGGGAGCUUCAUGGCUGAGUGGGGAUUUGAACUCUGCUCUCCCAGGUCCUAGCCUGACACUCUAACCAUUACACCACACUGGCUGUGGCAGAAUGCCAAGAGUAUGUGGCUUUGGCAUUAGAUUUUCUCCACAGCAAGCAGCCAGUGGCCAAAAAAAUGUGGGAAAUGUUCCUGCGUGUCAGAAAGCUGAGCUGCAGAAGCCCAGGCUGGGCCCAGGCCAGGGCAAAGGCUUCGUCCACUGAACAUUCCAGGUUUGAUCCUGAGCACCGAGGCAGCAAAGGUGGAGCUGAGCUCUGCCUGAGACCUUGGAGAUCUGUCCCAUAGGAGUCAGAUCCACAGUGUGACUCCUGAAGGCACACCUUCACUAAGGGACGUUUUACUUAUGGAGAAAGUUGGGGUCUGAGUGCAAAGCCAGGGGUAUGUUGCUAAACUCUCAGUCAGAGGAAGAAACCCCCCAAGGGGCCUGCCCCCCCCUUCACCUGUGGCAGCCAUGUUGAUGAUGUUAAUGUGUGUGUGUUGUGGAAGAAAAGGAAGGAAGAAAAAUAUUUGUUGCCUCUUUUCUGUCCUGCUCCUGUGCCUAUUUCUGCUCCUGUGUUUUUGCAGACACCUGACAAGCAAUAAUUCUCUCUCAUUCACAUCCACACCAUUUAAUUUCUACUUCUCAGCCUGUUGUUAAAGGCAUAGGGGUUACAGGUAGUUUUAAUAGAAAUCAUAGAAUCAUAGAAUCUUAGAGUUGGAAGGGACCCGAGGGUCAUCUAGUCCAGCCCCCUGCAAUGCAGGAAUCUCAGCUAAAGCAUCCAGGACAGAUGGCCACCCGACAUCUGCUUAAAAACCUCCAAAGAAGGAGAGGAAGGAAUCUAUUGAAAAUAGAUUCAAUAAAUGCUGUUGAAAAUAGAAUCCCUGCACCACAGUCCCCAUCACUGGGAUAUGCUUUAAAUUAAUCAGCUCUGGAAUACCGUUUCAGAUGUCAGUGAAAAUAUUUAUUAUCUUUCACAGGACUAGACCUGUCACUACAGCUAGGAGCAAAGCAUGUUGUGAUCACCUGGGAGCAACCACAGACUCCCAUCUGCCUUUAAACUCUCCUGUGCCCAGUUUAGCUUCUGUUUCUGUUUAGCUUAUUUCAGCUGUUGAAAAUUACAUUAAUCAAACAAUAGGAAACUUUGUAGAACUGUGGCUUGAUCAUGAAUGGAUAGAAUUUUGCUUUCCAUUAGGAUUCAGCCAAGGAUUUACAAAAUACUUGUGAAUUCCUGAACAUGUCUCUCCUGCCCCCCAUUUUGCUUGUAGUUCAAGAGUCCCUAGUACCGGUAAUUCCCAUGGCUCAAUUUGGACAUAAGGAUUGCUUAAAUGGAAACUGACACUUUGACACUAGCCAAAGUGUUAUGAUUUGAAGUGUAAUGAAAAAAGACUUUUGCCUGCUGCCUCUCCCCCACCCCCCGGCCACAUAGUUAGAUCCAAGAGGUUUCCAUCAAAGUCUUAGAUUUCACUGCCACAGUCCCUUAUUUAUAAAUCUCUCUACACCCCACCCUCACAAGGCUUCUAUUUGUUACCCCUUCUGUUGCCUCCUUUUUGCUCACCUACAAACUUUUUUGCACAUUCAAUUAGUACUUUUUAUUUGAAAAUUGCUUCAAGUGCUCUUCCCACAUUGCACAUGGGCAAACCUGGGGUUGCCAUUUUCAAAAGGAAGCAACUUGCAUGAUGCAAAUGUUUGCAAACGUGUAUUUGCCAUAGUCAGGCAAUAUUUUUUCAAUGUACAUUGUAACCAAAAGCCAUAAUGGUUCAUUUGCUCAUGGUCUUUAAUAGUAACACUCUAGCAUGAUGGAAGUAAUUGUUCUAGGAGCAAUGUUCAAAGACAUCCUGUUUUCAUGCUUCAACACACAUUAAAGCCACACUAGAGCUUGCUCUAAAUGCAAUAUUGGUAGUCCUGCAUUUUGUCUUUCUGACCAGCUGAAUGCUUGCUGUCUCCUCUGCACACCUAUGAGCAAUGUCACACCAUUAACAGAAAGAAGCAAAGGGCUGUUGUUUACAGCAGAAGAAGAGUUUGGAUUUGAUAUCCCGCCUUUCACUCCCUUUAAGGAAUCUCAAAGUGGCUAACAUUCUCCUUUCCCUUCCUCCCCCACAACAAACACUCUGUGAGGUGAGUGGGGCUGAGAGACUUCAAAGAAGUGUGACUGGCCCAAGGUCACCCAGCAGCUGCAGGUGGAGGAGCGGAGACGCGAACCCGGUUCCCCAGAUUACGAGUCUAUUGCUCUUAACCACUACACCACACUGGCUCUUAUAACCAGUGCUGGCUUCUGGAUCUUUAUACUCUGCACUAGAAUCAUCAAAAUUCUGUAUCUAUCUAACUCACAUUUGUGAUAAGAAAAGCUGAAUCCGGAAAUAAACAAAAAUUACUUUUACGUGUACUUGUGAUAGUUUUAUUCCUCCUUCCUCUAAGAAAUGCAGAUGACACAAACAGUUCUCACCCCUUGCUCCUUUUUAUCCUUACAGCCUUGUGAGGAAUCAUGGGCUGAGAAAGAGAGAUGGGUUCAAAGUUGUCCAGGGAGCUUCAUUUGUGGAGCAGAGAUUUGAACUUGGGUCUCUCCAGUCUUUGUUCAACACUGCCAGAUAGAUUCAUUCUAAGAUGAGAUUCAUCUUAAUUGGCAUUAUUCUUGUUUUGCAUGAUUCUACCACUAUUAAAAAAAAUCCCAUAAUUUAUACAGCUUCUGUUAGUCACGAAGAAGGAAAAGGUGUUACAUAGGUUACUAUUGGAAAGCUGCGUCUUCUGGCCUUUGAAAAUCAUAGCAACUCAUCUGCACUCUCCCUAGGCACUGCCCUACACUGAUUUCACAGCUAUAUGGGCUAGAUAUUUUCUUUUACUUUAUUUAAGAGAUCCAAGAUUCUCGGGAAGUUGAAUUAUUAUAGACAAUACGGUGUUUUCAAGUUUUCAUAUAAACCAUGGCACACACAGAAGACUCCAUAUAAAUGUCUGUUUUUCCUUGAGGGAUGGAGGUUCCAGCCAGGAUGUCGUAGCUCUGCUCUUCUAGAGCUGCCAUUCAUUUCCGCGGAGCUUGUGUGGAGUCAUGUUUCCAUUUGUGCUUCUCCCCUGCUAGAGUCCCUGGAAGCAGAAGACAUGCCCCAUGAAGACCGUGACAUGACAGCUGAUCAGCAGGACAACACCCAGCUGACGUUUGCUGCUGGCCAAGAUAAGCCUGUCCCUUGGAAUUCGGUCGCUGCCCACGAAAGUGUGAAAGCCAGGAGACUGAAUGAACUUAAGAAGUUAAAGAAACAAGUGAGUUCUCUAACAUCCAUUUUCUGUUGUAUCUGCACACUAAAUUGAAGCAAAGCAGGCCAUCAGUAGAAACAUAAUUUAGAAUGCCAUGAAAUUAAUUCCUUAAGCCAUGACAAAUUAUAUGAUUCUAAUGUGGUAUAAAUAGCAAGUGUUCUGGGCCUGGCCAUGGGGAACUCCAGUUCAUAUUCCCACCCACUCACCAAACUCGCCACAUGGAUUUAGGCAAGUUGCCAUUUCAUAGCCACGAGGCUAAAAUGCCACACACGAACUAGUUGGAAAAACAGUGCUGGGAUACGUGUCUAGGGUAGGGCCAGUUCAAGACAUUUUGCCACUUAGGGCAAAUCAGAAAACUCCUCUUCCCUCCCCCCCCCCACCACCUGAGGCGACGAGAGGCAGCCUGGGGAAACCACAGCAUGCGGAAGCAGCAGGGGAUCACAAGGAGGCCGGAGAGGAAAUAGGCAGUGGCAGUGAUGGAGGGGCAACUCAGGGGGCAACUGGGGUGGUAGCGGCAACUCCUAUCUGCAGGGAAGGAGAGAAUCCGUUGCACUGCUGAGAGUUCUUCCAGAAUCUCCUUUCCUUGUAAUGAAGCCAUGGGUUCGGGUCCUGCUCUCUGGAGCAGGAGAAAACAAGCUUGCUCCCUCUUCCAUGUGACAGCCCUUGAGAUAUUUGAAGAUGGCUAUCGGGGAAGAAAUGGAGGCAGUGAGAGAUUUUACUUUCUUGGGCUCCAUGAUCACUGCAGAUGGUGACAGCAGCCAUGAAAUUAAAAGACACCUGCUUCUUGGGAGAAAAGCAACGACAAACCUAGACAGCAUCUUAAAAAGUAGAGACAUCACCUUGCCAACAAAGGUCCGUAUAGUUAAAGCUAUGGUUUUCCCAGUAGUGAUGUAUGGAAGUGAGAGCUGGACCAUAAAGAAGGCUGAUCACCAAAGAAUUGAUGCUUUUGAAUCAUGGUGCUGGAGGAGACUCUUGACCAUGGACUGCAAGAAGAUCAAACCUAUCCAUUCUUAAGGAAAUCAGCCUUGAGUGCUCACUGGAAGGACAGAUCGUGAAGCUGAGGCUCCAAUACUUUGGCCACCUCAUGAGAAGAGAAGACUCUCUGGAAAAGACCUUGAUGUUGGGAAAGAUGGAGGGCACAAGGAGAAGGGGACAACAGAGGAUGAGAUGGUUGGAUAGUGUUCUCGAAGCUACCAGCAUGAGUUUGACCAAACUGCGGGAGGCAGUGGAAGACAGGAGUGCCUGGCGUGCUCUGGUCCAUGGGGUCACAAAGAGUCGGACACGACUAAACGACUAAACAACAACAACAACAAAUCAUGUCUCUUCUCAGUUUCCUCUUUUCCAGGCUAAACAUACCCAGCUCUCUCCACCAUUCCUCAUAAGGCUUGGAUUACAAACCCUUGAUCAUCUUGGUUCCCUCUUCUGCACGCAUUCCAGCUUGUCAAUUUCCUUCUUAAAUUGUGGUGCACAGAACUGGACACAGUACUUAUGUGGUCUGACCAAGGCAGAAUAGAGUGAUACAGUGGUACCUCAGGUUAAGUACUUAAUUCGUUCCGGAGGUCCGUUCUUAACCUGAAACUGUUCUUAACCUGAAGCACCACUUUAGCUAAUGGGGCCUCCCGCUGCUGCCGUGCCGCUGGAGCAUGAUUUCUGUUCUCAUCCUGAAGCAAAGUUCUUAACCUGAAGCACUAUUUCUGGGUUAGUGGAGUCUGUAACCUGAAGCGUAUGUAAUCCGAGGUACUACUGUACUAUGGCUUCCCUUGAUUGGGACACUAUACUUCUGUUGAUGCAGCCUAGAAUAGCAUUAGCUUUUUUUAGCUGCUGCAUCACAUUGUGGACUCAUGUUAAGCUAGAUCCUUUUCACAUGUACUGCUAGUAAACCAGGUAUCCCCCAUCCUAUAUUUGUGCAUCUGGUUCUUCCUGCCUAAGUGCAGAACCUGACACUUGUCCCUAUUGAAUUUUAUUCUGUUAGUUUUUGCCCCUUUCUCAAAUCUGUUAAGGUAAUCUUGUAUCCCGAUUCUGUAUUUUGUGGCAUUAGCAACCCCUCCCAUUUGUUUUGUUUUUUCAAAAAAAAAAAUGGUUUUCUCUUAUAACACACAGACAAAAACACAAUAGAAAACAUUACAUUUGACACAACAUAAAAACUUAAGAACAAUAAAAACACACAAAAUAAAAUAAGAAUUUUUUCUUCUUGUUCCCUGGUGUAUUCACAUUGCUAAAAGACUUCCUCGACACCCUCCAAUCUGGAUUUCAUCAUAUCACAUAUUUAGCAGUUCCCAGUUACAUGCAACCCCUUCCAUUUGGUGUCUUCUGCAAAUUAGAUGAGCAUCCCCUCAAUACCUUCAUCCAAGUCAUUAGAAGCAUCAGAGCCAUCAUGUACAUUACACCCCACAGAGGAAAACAAGGACAAGAAAUGUAGGUUCUAGCCUACUCUGAAGUUAGGAUACUGGAUUUCAGCAGUUUACAGCUGGAAAAUACUCCCAGACACUAGGCCCAGCCAGCUGAUCUUUCACCAUGUUCCAUAUUUAUCGUAUGUUCAAUGCUCACAUAUAACAAUAUACUCACAUAGCACUGUAAUGCCAAUAAACAUUUGCAUUUGGUAUCUCAAUUACAAAGUUACUUGUUGUAGGAUUAUAAUACUCUUACAAAGCUGUUGUGAAAGGAAUGUAAUCAAAACUCUGAAAACUGUAAGGAACUAUAUUUACUACUGUAUUUAUUUACUAAUAAAUAAAGUAAUAAGCAGAGAAGCAGUCAUAGCAGCAAUGUUAUGAAUUAGGAUGGGAGGGUUUGCUGAGUGUCCUGUACCUACAAAGAAGUGCCACUUGAGAGCACCAAAGAACAGAAAGUGAGCUGCUUAAGCGGAACAGCAUGGCGUGAUGGAGCUCAGUCCAUGUGGUUUGUCAUAGAAUCAUAGAGCUAGAAGAGACCAUGAGGGUCAUUGAGGCCAACCCCCUGGAACGUAGGCAUCUUUCACCAAUGGGGGCUCAAACCCAUUGGCCCUUGAUUAAAAGUCUCCUGCUGGCUGAGCUGCCACAGACUUAAGAGCAUGAGUAUUAUGAAUACCUUUGACAAUGACCCUUGGAUGCAGUAGAUUCUCUUAUUUGUCUGAAACAACAACUUGUGUUGUUAGAUGGCAAGAGUCAUAUAAACAUCGUCCGGUUAUAUAAUGCCAAGGUUUCGGGUUCAAUCCCCGCAUGGGACAGCUGCCUAUUCCUGCAUUGCAGGGGGUUGGACUAGACAAUCCUCAGGGUCCCUUCUAACUCUGUGAUUUUGUGCUAUCCAGCCACGAGUAAGGCCCUUUGGGUUCAAGGACUACAGACUUUAAAAUGCAUUAAUAAGUAGUUUGCUCCAGAUUUCAUUAUAAAAAGUUGUUUAUAUAUCAGUUCUUAUAUGUUAUUAUUUAACACUUCAAUAUUUACAAUAUUCUUUCAGGCACCAUGUAAAAAAGAACUCUACAAGGCGCUGGAGAAGUUAACCAAAGAUCAACAAAGAAUUGGAGGAGAGAUAUACAGAUUCUAUUUGCCCAACUGUAAUCGGAAUGGAUUUUACCACAGCAAGCAGGUAAUCUUGUUUUGGGGGUAGGGAUGGAUAACUGCUGGUUUCUCUCAGAUACACAUUUUUUCUUUCUUUAAUUCAGUUUGCAUCAGUUUGUGGUUUAUUAAAUAAUUUUAGGGUCCUCAUGAGAAUCCAGCAAUAUUUUAUUGUGUCUAUCUCCUGAGACAUACAUGUUGAUAUUUUCAUGCACACUUUUAUCUCAUGCACACAUUUUUGUUACCAUGUUGCGGUUGGAGAACAGCAUCACAAAAUAUGGAGAAAGGCCAGUUUUGAAGGAUAGCUAUGUUUCUGUUCAUAUGUUGUUUUGAGAAGUGCAAAUUAGGUACAUUUGCAUCCAAACAUGAAACAAAUUUCUUCCACAUCCCUGGAGUCAAUAGCUAGAGUCAAUUAUUCCCAUGUUGCUGAAAUAAAUGCUUUCUUUGGAAGAAGGCCUCUGUCUGCAACAAGACAGUUGCACAGCAACUUCCUUUUUUUUUUUUUAAUAAUUUUUUAUUAAGGUUUCAAUCAAGAAUUGAACAGAAAAAACAUUAAAAAAAAUACACAAAUACACAAUACAAAUCCCAAAAAGAAAUAAAAAAACACGAAAAGCAAGAAACAACAGCAACAAAAAAACCUAACAAUUAAAAACAAUAUGACUUUUCCAUUUCUGUUUUUGAAUUUACUUAUUUUCUGGACUUCCUCAUACCUCCCUCUUUUGUAUUCUAAUCCAAAUUGUUUGUCCAGCAAUUUCUUUUCCACUUUUUUAAUCCCAAUCUUUAAUUUUAAUAUAAUAUAUAACACUUAAACUUCUUUGAUCCUAAUCUUUAAUCUUAAUGUAAUAUAACAUUAAAAUUUUACCUCUUAAGUACCAAAUUUCCAUUUCCUUAAACAUCUUUAAUCCUAAUCUUUAAUCUUAGUCUAUCAAUAACUUUAACCUGUACAGCUGGAAACCACUUAUUUCCGAUCCAACAUCACUCUAACAUUCUUUAAUUUUGCAAUGUUUCUGAAGAUAAUCUUUGAAUUUCUUCCAAUCUUCCUCCACCAACUCUUCUCCCUGGUCACGGAUUCUACCAGUCAUUUCCGCCACUUCCAUAUAGUCCACCAGUUUCAUCUGCCAUUCCUCCAGCGUGGGAAGUUCUUGUGUCUUCCAAUACUUUGCGAUGAGUAUUCUUGCUGCUGUUGUUGCAUACAUAAAGAAAGUUCUAUCCUUUUUUAACACCAUUUGGCCCACUAUGCCCAGGAGAAAGGCCUCUGGUUUCUUAGGGAAGGUAUAUUUAAAUACCUUUUUAAUUCAUUAUAUAUCAUUCCCAGAAAACCUUAAUCUUUGGGCACGUCCACCAAAGGUGAAAAAUGUACCUUCAAUUUCUUUACAUUUCCAACAUUUAUUAUCGGGCAAAUGAUAGAUUUUUGCAAGCUUGACUGGGGUUAUGUACCACCUGUAUAUCAUUUUCAUAAUAUUCUCUCUUAAGGCAUUACAUGCCGUAAAUUUCAUACCUGUGGUCCACAACUGUUCCCAGUCAGCAAACAUAAUGUUAUGCCCAACGUCCUGUGCCCAUUUAAUCAUAGCCGAUUUUACCGUUUCAUCCUGAGUAUUCCAUUUCAGCAGCAAGUUAUACAUUCUUGACAAAUUCUUAGUUUUGGGUUCUAACAGUUCUGUUUCUAGUUUUGAUCUUUCCACCUGGAAGCCAAUUUUCUUGUCCAAUUUAAAUGCCUCCAUUAUCUGAAAAUAAUGAAGCCAGUCUCGCACUUUGUUUUUUAAUUUUUCAAAAUUCUGCAAUUUCAGUCUAUCUCCGUCUUGUUCCAAAAUUUCCCAAUAUUUCGGCCAUUUGACCUCCAUAUUGACCUUUCUCAAGGCUUUCGCUUCCAUUGGUGACAGCCACCUUGGGGUUUUGUUUUCUAACAAGUCCUUAUAUCUUAUCCAAACAUUGAAUAGCGCUUUCCUGACAAUGUGGUUUCUAAAUGCUUUAUGUGCUUUGACCUUAUCAUACCACAAAUAUGCAUGCCAUCCAAAUACAUUGUUAAAACCUUCCAAGUCCAAAAUGUCAGUGUUUUCAAGAAGUAGCCAUUCUUUCAACCAGCAAAAGGCUGCUGAUUCAUAGUAAAGUUUGAGGUCUGGCAGGGCAAAUCCGCCUCUUUCCUUUGCAUCCGUUAGAAUUUUAAAUUUUAUUCUGGGCUUCUUGGCCUGCCAGACAAAUUUAGAAAUAUCUUUCUGCCACCUCUUGAAACAAUCCAUUUUGUCAACAAUCUGCAAAAUUUGAAACAAAAACAACAUUCUAGGCAAUACAUUCAUUUUUAUCGCAGCAAUACGGCCUAGCAGGGAAAGCUUCAAAUUUGACCAAAUUUCUAAGUCUUUUUUCACUUCAGACCAACAUUUUUCAUAAUUAUCUUUAAAUAAAUUCCCAUUUUUUGCUGUCAUGUUAAUCCCCAGGUAUUUAACUUUCUUAACCACUGUUAAACCUGCCUCAUUCUGAAACCUCUCUCUUUCAAACGGUGUUAAAUUCUUCUCUAAAACCUUGGUUUUUGACUUGUUCAAUUUAAAUCCUGCCACUUGACCAAAUUCUUCCUAUGGUAGAAAAUGGUUUUCAGUUGUACAGGCUUAAAUAAAAAAGGAAGAGGGGGAGAAAGUGCUUUGGAAUUAGCUCUAUGCAGACUCCUCAUUUUGAGUACAAGUGUGAAGAUCCCACUCCAUCACAACAUUGAUAUGCAUGUGAAAGAUAUGUAUGGGACCUACAGACGCAGCUACUAUGGGGGUGAUCUGUAUGCUGUGCAGUUCAUGCCUUCUGCACAUUUGGAGGAUCAGUCCAUGUACAAACGUUCUUCCGUAGGCAUGGAUAUUGGGUGCAGAGAGUGGGAGGCCUUGCUCCCACAACAGCAAAUCAUUCCAUUACAUUGUCUGAACAAUCUGAAAUGUAGGUCCCCAGUCUCCACACAUUUUAGUAAUAUUGCCUCAAUAGAGACACUCCAUAUCCAACAUUAUGCAUAUAUAAUUGAUUGAGCAAUGCAAACAUAUGGCUGAGUGACAAUUGCUGUUUGCUUGAAUUACUAAUUUUAUUUCUACCCACAUUGAGUAGCCAGCAUCCCUCCGAUGUGUUUCAAAAUUGAAUGACUCCCUCAAAUAACCUCAUCUCAUGAAGCAUCUACUCCAUUUCAAUUACUUUGAAAUAAACUUAGUCAUUUACCCCAACUAGUGUGAAACUUCACUUGAUCGAAGUCCUGCAAAAUGCUGGUGUGUCUAUCCAAAAGAUGGGAGCAGAAUUCCUGGAUCCAUCGAAGUGACCGGCAACCCUGAAUGUGAACAGUAUUUUGACUCACAAGAAUAAGAGCAAAUAUACAACAAAGUUUAUGCAAGUAGACUCCAAUUUUUCCACUGUCAAGGAAACCCUCAGGCAGCAGGUCUUUCAGCACAGACUGGUCACACAGCCUAGUCCUAGGCAUGAUUUCUCAGAUGCAAAGCCCCCAUGAUCCCAGGAUGCACUGCCUGUCAGUGCAUAUAGGACUGUGACCUAGUGUUGCAGGGGAAGUCCCCAAUAUUGUCUCAUCUUGUAAUCUUAAAGAAUAUUGGACAGUGGAGAUGCUGGACCUUCACACCUUCAAAUGUAGAAAUAACAGUAACAGGACUACUUUUGUAGCCUGAUCAUAUUUCAUGAUUCAUAAACAGUGCUGGAUUAUUUAUUUUAAAUUUUUUAUAUAUUUUAUUUGUCUGCAUUAUUAACUUAUAAAUCUGUAUUCUUCAACACUUUGAUACUUAAUAUAUGAUACUUUUAAUACUGUUUCUCUGAAAAUAUGCACUUUUUCUGUUUUCAAAGAGCACUGUAGAUCAGUUAAUAGAGUGCAAAAAUUAUGGAGAAAAUAGUUUUGUCAAUGAUUACUUUUGUAUCAUGUAUUUAUGCCAUUUGAAAGUGUAGUGUAGAUAUGAGAACGACACCGAGUACAGUUCUAGUAUUUAUUUAAAAGCCUAUUCCAUUUUUUUUCUUUCUUUCUUUUUAUUAUGCUUUAUUAUAAACACCACCAAAAAUCAAAAAGAAAAACCAUACAUCUAUGCCAAUUGUUACACCAAAUACAAAAUAAACAAAAGAAUAAAACCAUAUAUUCUGACAGUAGAUCUUCUUCAAGUACAUCUAACUUCCCGUCUUCUCCAUACUUCAUUUAAUAUUUACAAACUUAUUGCAUAAACCUGUCUCUUCAUUUUAUAAUAAAGUAUUAUUCUCUUAUGAUCUUGUUUCUUAUUUCGUACAAUUGCAGAAGUUAUUCAAAGGCAGCGACCUAGUUCAUACUGCAACAAUUCUUCUUAAGAUGUGUUUCGAAAACCUCCCACUUUGCAAUAAAUACUUGUUUUGACUUAUCUUUCAUUUUUUUUGACAAUUGGGCUAACUCUCCAUAUUCGGCUAGUUUUUGUAACCAUUCUGACCUGGAAGGGAUUUUAUCCCUUUUCCAAUUAGUCACUAUUAAGAUUCUCACUGCGACUGUAGCGUAUAAAAAAACUUAUUUUACAUUCCUAGGAAUGUCUGGCCCUGUUAUUCCGAGUUGAAAAGCUUCUGUUUUUUUUAAAAAAUGAAACCCUAAACAUUUUUUUAAGUUCUACAUAGAUGAUGUCCCAGAAGAUCUUAAUUUUUUUAACAUAGCCACCACAUAUGGAACAUAGUGCCAGUUUCUACACCGCAUCUCCAACAAGUACUAGAUACAUUUUUUUACAUUUUGGAAAGCUUCCAUGGCGUCAAGUACCAACAAUAUUGCAUUUUUUAGAAGUUUUCCCUGAAAGUAUAACACGCUGGCCUUGGCCAAUAAAGCGAGAUGAGCGCCGCAACCCCAGAGUCGGCCAUGACUAGACCUAAUGGUUAGGGGUCCCUUUACCUUUACCUUUAUAACAUGUUGUGAAUUUCCAAUUAACUUUCCAUAAAUUUUCCCAUUCUUUCAUUUCUAUGUUAUACCCAAAAUCCUGGGCCCAUUUAAUCAUGACAGCUCUCACCUCCUCCUCCUUGACUUCCCAGUCAAGGAGGAGGUGGUACACCUUUGAAAGAGUUUUUAUUUUUGAAUUAACCAAAUCCGCUUCCAAUCUGGAUAUUUCUGGUGCAAACCUGCUUUUUUCAUCUGUUUUAAAUGUUUCAAACAAUUGAUAAUAAUGAAACCAGUCUGCUAUUUGCUCUCUUAUAUCUUCAAAGCUUUUCAGCUUUAGAUCAUUGAUUUCUUCCCUUAAUAAAGUUUUAUAUAUUGGCCAAUGUCCACACGUAUUUUUCCUCUUUACUGCAGCUGCUUCAAUUGGUGAUAUCUACCAAGGUGUUUUGGGCUCUAAAAGAUCUUUAUAUUUCUCCCAGACUGUGUAUAGGGAUUUUCUGACAAUGUGAUUCAAAAAGUUCUUGUGAAUUUUAACUUUCCUGUACCACAGGUACACAUGCCACAUGUGCCACUGUUGUCGUACCCCUCUAAAUCUAACAAGCCUGGGUCCUAAAACGUGCACCACUCUUUUAGCCAGGUGAGGCAGGCGACCUCAUUUUAGGUCAGGUUGGGAAAAGCCUCCUCUUUCUUUAAUGUCAAUUAGGAUUUGAUGUUUAAUUCUAGGUCUCCUCCCCUGCCAUAUCAAUUUCGAGAUGUCUUUUUGCCAGGUUUUGAGGCAGCCUCUCCCACCUAGUAUCGGGAUUGUUUGAAACAGAAAAAGUAAUUUAGGAAGCAUGGUCAUUUUGAUGAUGGAAAUGUUUCCUAAAAAUGAGGUUUACCCUGUUCCAUAUCUCGAUGUUUCUUUUUGUUUCAUUCCAGACUUUCGUAUGGUUAUCUUGAAACAAAUUUAUAUUUUGGGUGGUAAUCCAAAUACCUAGGUAUUUUACUUUAUUACUAAUCUCUAGGCCAGAUGUUUUUUCCAAAUCUUCCAUUUCUUGCACUGUUACAUUUUUUACCAACAAUUUCAUCUUAGAGGGAUUCAAUUUAAAGCCUGCUGCUUCUCCAAAAAUUUUAAUUUACUUGAAUGCUCUUAUCAAGCUUUCUUUUGGAUUUUUGGUCAUGCUGAGUAGGUCAUCAGCGAAUGCUUUAAGUUUGUAUGCCUUGUAUGCCUUGUCUCCUAGUGUUAUUCCUUUGAUGCCUUGAUCUUCUCGUAUUAGAUUAUUCAGAACUUCCAACACUAAAAUGAAGAUCAGUGGAGACAAUGGACAUCCUUGCCGGGUACCUUUACUUAUUAAACAUUCUUCUGUGAUGUUUCCAUUGAUAAUUAUUUUGGCUCUUUGUUCGGAAUAGAUGGCAUUAAUCCCUUUGUAAAAUUGUUCACCGAGCCCUAUUUUCUACACCAGCUUUUUCAUGAAUUUCCAUGAUAUGUUAUCACUGAGCACAGUUCUAAAGGUAAAGGUAAAGGUACCCCUGCCCAUUCGGGCCAGUCUUGCCAGACUCUAGGGUUGUGCGCUCAUCUCACUCUAUAGGCUGGGAGCCAGCGCUGUCCGCAGACACUUCCGGGUCACGUGGCCAGCGUGACAAGCUGCAUCUGGCGAGCCAGCACAGCACACAUUCCAUUUUCAUAGCAUGCUGACAUCACUCCUCCAUUUCCAUGUUCAAUUCCAUGGAGCAGCUCAUCCCCUGGGCAUUUGUCCCAUGAUUCCUAGGCAUGGGGCCAAGAGGUCUGUCUUUUAUCCCACUGCUUUCCCCAGGAAAACCCACUGAUUACCACUGAACUGGAACAACCAUCCAUUGGGUUUUCUACAGAUGGUUCUGAUUCAGCAGUAAACAGUGGUUUUCCCCAGGGAAAGCAGUAACUUUCACACAUAGACCCUGUAGUUGCUGCUGCCACAGGAAAAGCCUCCCACCCAUGUGGCCUGGCAGGGUGGAAGCACAGCUCAACAAAGACAGUUCCUCCUAACUGGGCAUCAGUGUGAAGGUCGCCACGCAAGAAAGAACGUCCUCCUGUUAUAGUGUCAUAAAUGAAUAAGACUACAAUGUAUAACAUUUAGCAUAUGUAAAAUCUCACAAGUUGACCUUGUGUUAUUUAAGAUGAAUUAUGAAAUAAACUAUUUUCUUUUGACACUC